AUGGGCCAAAUAAGCAAGCAAUUACCUGAGAGGUCUGCAAGCACAUUUCCAGGUGAUACAGUGGUGAACCCAAGAGAAGACUGCAAGGUUAUUCAGUUGAGAAGUGGUAAAGUAACUGGUUCUGAGACCAAUGCCAAUGAAGAAUUAGUUGAAAAAGAAGCCCCAGAGGAGAAGAAGGAAGAAGUCGAGCACACACCUCCUAAGCGUGCAGACAAUCCUUUCCCUGAUUCUCUUGACACUUAUCCUACCUUGCCAAAGGCUCCUGAAUAUAAGCCAAAAAUGCCAUACCCUCAGAGGCUUCAGAAGGCCUCCAAAGAAAAGCAGUUCUCUAAAUUUUUAGAUGUCUUCAAGAAGCUACAAAUCAAUAUUCCCUUUGCAGAGGCUCUGGAGCAAAUGCCUCUCUAUGCUAAAUUUAUGAAAGAAUUAUUGACCAACAAGAGGAACUGGAAGGAACAAGAAACAGUGAUAUUAACCAAGGAAUGCAGUGCCAUUGUUCAACACAACCUUCCUGAGAAGAUGCCAGACCCAGGAAGCUUUGUCAUUCCUUGCACCAUUGGAGAUGUGGUCCUUCAUGUUUUUGAAGCUCUCAAGCACCCUAAUGAUUUUGAAGGGUGUAUUAAAAUAGAUGUUAUUGAACCACUUGUUCAAGAAGUACUGAAAGCUGAGGUACUUGAUGACAUUCUGGAUCCUAUUUCUGAGUAUGAAUUAGUUGAAAUUGAUAAUUCACCACCCGAGAAGGCUAUGGUCCACACGCCUAAAGCAGAGGAGGAAGUCCUGAAGCUCGAGCUCAAAUCCCUACCCCCUUCUCUGAAAUAUGUAUUCUUGGGUGAGAAUGACUCAUAUCCAAUGAUUAUUAGCUCUUUCCUGAAGCCUGAAGAGGAAGAGGUGCUUAUUUUAGUGCUCAAGAGCCAUAAAACAGCUCUUGGGUGGACCAUUAAUGACUUAAAGGGGAUUAGUCCAACCAAGUGUAUGCACAAGAUCCUCCUUGAAGAUGAUGCUAAACCAGUUGUGCAACCACAAAGGAAACUCAAUCCAACCAUGAAAGAGGUGGUCCAAAAAGAGUGGACCCUCAAGAUCAGGAGAAGACAGUAUUCACAUGCCCCUUUGGAGUAUUUGCCUACAGAAGAAUGCCUUUUGGACUUUGCAAUGCUCCCGCAACUUUUUAGAGAAGGUAUUGUUCUUGGACACCGGAUUUCAAGUAAAGGAAUUGAGGUUGAUAGAGCAAAAGUAGAGGAGUUUGAUAUUGAGAUAAAAGACAGGAAAGGGUCAGAAAAUCAAGUAGCUGACCAUCUUUUCAGAAUUGAGCCUGAAGCAGGAGAACAACCACCCACAGCUGUGACUGAGACGUUUUCGGAUGAACAAUUGUUCCUCAUUCAGCAGGCACCAUGGUUUGCAGGCAUUGCAAAUUACAAAGCCAUGAAUUUUAUCCCAAGGGAGUACAGUAGGCAACAAGUGAAGAAGCUAUUGACUGAUGCAAAGUACUACAUUUGGGAAGAACCAUACCUUUUUAAAAGGUGCUCAGAUGGAAUAAUCCGGAGAUGUGUCCCAGAUGAGGAAAAGCAGCAGAUUCUUUGGCACUGUCAUGGGUCUGAUUAUGGAGGCCACUUUGGUGGUGAGAGGACAGCUACAAAAGUCCUUAAGAGCGGGUUUUACUGGCCGACUCUCUUCAAGGACUCAAGAGCAUUUAUAAAGCACUGUGGCAGAUGUGAAAAAGCUGCAAAUCUCCCUGCCAACCAUGAAAUGCCACAGCAGGGACUUCUUGAGGUUGAGUUAUUUGAUGUGUGGGGUAUUGAUUUCAUGGGACCUUUUCCACCCUCACAUUCAAACAACUAUAUCCUAGUGGCAGUGGACUAUAUGUCCAAAUGGAUGGAAGCUGUGGCUUUGCCCACCAAUGAUGCCAAGGUGAUAAUGAGCUUUCUUCAGAGGUAUAUCUUUAGCCGGUUUGGCGUCCCAAGGACACUCAUUAGUGAUGGAGGAAGUCACUACUAUAACAGACAGCUAGACUCUCUUCUGCAUAGAUAUAGAGUCCGUCAUAAAGUGGCAACCCCCUAUCACCCUCAGACAAGUGGACAGGUUGAAGUUUCAAACAGGGAGAUUAACAGUGUUUCAAGAAAGGACUGGUCUAGGAAGCUUGAUGAUGCUCUCUGGGCAUACCAGACAGCAUACAAGACUCCAAUUGGCAUGUCCCCAUAUCAAUUAGUCUAUGGCAAAGCCUGUCACUUGCCAGUUGAGCUGGAGCACAAGGCUUAUUGGGCAAUUAGGUAUCUGAAUCUUGAUUCAGAAGCUGCAGGAAUUAAGCGGAUGCUUCAGUUGAAUGAGCAUGAUAAAUUCAGAUAUUCAGCCUAUGAGAAUGCCAAGCUCUAUAAGGAGAGAACCAAGCUACUGCAUGAUAAGAAGAUUGCCAUCAGAGUCUUUGAGCCAGGACAAAUAGUGCUUCUGUAUAAUUCAAGGCUCAAAUUCUUUCCCGAAAAGCUGAAAUCCCGGUGGUCAGGACCGUUUGUGGUUACCAGAGCCUCACCAUAUGGUCAUGUGGAAAUAUAG